GUCCUCUCUACUAUUUCUUCCGGAAGAAACAGAGAAACUUGGGGGGGCGGAAUUAAACAACGCGGUACCUCCAUACUGUCCCGGCUCAGAAACAAGGGCACAACUCUCAGUUUUAGUGGUUUCUCCUGGCCACCGAGCUCCCCGCCUCUCCAUGCUACUGUGCCGGGUGUCGAUAGUUAGCCAAACGCUAGCGAGAUGGGGCCGGAGGUCACAGCGGGGAGGAGGCCUCCUUCACCGGGCUCUCUCCUUCAGCUCCGGCCGCUGUCACGGUGUCGGUUCAGGGGAGGGCAGCGCUCAGCCCGCAGAGGCAGCCUCCACCGAGACGCUGUACCGGGACACGGUGCUCCUUCCCCGGACUGAGUUCCCAAUGAAACUGAGCGGACAGAAGCUUCUGGACCGAGAAGUCCAGAUACAACAAGAGUGCGGUUUUGCAGACUUGUACUCAUGGCAAAGAGAGAGGAAGGCCAAGAAAGAGUUCUGCCUUCAUGAUGGACCCCCAUAUGCCAACGGAGACCCCCAUGUUGGACACGCUCUCAAUAAGAUCCUGAAAGACAUUCGUAACCGUUUUGAGAUGCUACGAGGACGGCAGAUCCACUACAUCCCAGGUUGGGACUGCCACGGCCUUCCCAUCGAGCUUAAGGCUCUGGGAGAACUGGGCAGCAGCGGUCUCAGUCCGCUACAGAUUAGACAGAAAGCGCGGGAGUUUGCAGAAGGUGCUAUAGCUCGUCAGAAAGCUGCUUUCCAGCGCUGGGGGGUGAUGGCUGACUGGGACCAGUGCUACUACACAUUUGAUGGGGCCUAUGAGGCUGCUCAGCUGAAAGUCUUCCAGGAGAUGCACAGCAAGGGUUUCAUAUACCAGGACUACAAGCCAGUCUUCUGGUCUCCUUCUUCAAGGACAGCUUUGGCAGAGGCUGAGCUGGAGUACAACCCUGAACAUGUGAGCAGGGCCAUCUAUGCCACGUUCCCUCUGGUCACUCUGCCCCCUAAGAUUGCCACAUUAAAAGGUCUGGAGAGUGUCUCUGUGUUGGUGUGGACCACCCAGCCUUGGACCAUUCCAGCCAACCAGGCAGUCUGCUACAUGCCCAAUGCCAAAUACUCUGUGGUGAAAAGGGCAGACAACUCUGAGCUGCUGUUGGUAGCAGCCGAGCGAACAGCAAGCAUGGAAGCGCUGCUGGGCACAGAGCUGCAGAGUGUGGACAGCUUCACUGGCUCCCAGCUUGAAGGUGGGAUCUGCAAACAUCCCACAAUUCCUGACAAGCAAGUGCCUCUGUUACCAGCCAAUCAUGUGACUAUGGCCAAAGGAACGGGACUGGUCCACACGGCGCCCGCCCACGGCAUGGAGGAUUACAGUGUGGCUUCACAGUUUAAGCUGUCUGUGGAGUGCAUGGUGGAUGAAGAUGGAAAGUUCACUGAGCUGGCUGGACCUGAGCUACAGAACCUGCCUGUGAUGACAGAGGGAACUGAUAAAGUGAUCUCCAUGCUGAAGGAGAGCGGUUCUCUGCUGAUGGAGGAGCACUGCGUCCACAGUUACCCCUACGACUGGAGGACAAAGCAGCCUGUGGUCAUCCGGCCCAGUAAACAGUGGUUCAUCAACACAGCGUCACUCAAAGACAAAGCAAAGGAGUCUCUGCAGAAGGUACGUAUUUUGCCAGAGUCAGCGAGGAGCAGCCUGCUCGCCAUGCUGGACAGACGGACCUACUGGUGCAUCUCCAGGCAGAGGAGCUGGGGCGUCCCCAUCCCUGUCUUCUACCACAAGGAGACUGGAACACCUCUCAUCAACAAACACUCGGUGUCCCACAUAGCAAAGCUCUUCCAAGAAAAGGGCAGCGACUGUUGGUGGGAGCUUCCCAUCGAGACUUUGCUGCCACCAGAGGUGCUGAAAAAGAGUAAAGGCGGUCCGGUGAGUGACUAUGUUCGUGGAGAAGACGUCCUGGACAUCUGGUUUGACAGCGGAGCAUCAUGGGCAGCUGUGCUUGAAGAGGAGCUGGAGGGAGAGUCUGAGGAGUCUGAGUCGCCUCUCAGCUGGCUCCCUGCUCCGCUACGCAAACCUCUGGUCUCAGAGUCCGACUCCAGGGCAGAUGCAUAUGUGGAAGGAAAGGACCAGAUUGGAGGCUGGUUUCAGUCCUCACUGCUCACCAGUGUAGCUGUCAGGAACAAAGCACCUUACAAGUCUCUGGUGGUCCACGGCUUUGCGGUAAGCGAGAAGGGAGAAAAGAUGUCCAAGUCUCUGGGGAAUGUUGUGGAUCCUGAUGUCGUGAUUAAUGGAGGGAAGGACCCCGGUGUUCCAGCCUACGGGGCAGAUGUGCUUCGUUGGUGGGUGGCCGAAUCAAACGUCUUCUCUGAGGUCCAAAUCGGGCCCACUGCGCUGAACUCUGCCAGAGACAGCAUCAACAAGCUGAGGAACACCCUGAAGUUCCUCCUCGGCAACCUGCAGGGCUUCGACCCCCGUGUUCAAGCUGUGGAGCCCCAACAGAUGCACUACAUUGACCAGUACAUGCUGCACCUGCUGCGCGAGUACAGCAUCAAGGUUACAGAUGCCUACAGUGAGUUUGAUGCAGGCAGAGCGAUCCGUGUCCUCCAAGCCUUCAUCACCAGAGACCUCUCCAGCUUUUACUUCAGCAUCAUCAAAGACAGGCUGUACUGUGAUCCAGAGGACUCAUUGGGGAGAAGAUCAUGUCAGACAGUUUUAGAAGAAAUCCUGGACGGUGUGACCAGAUCCAUGGCUCCCAUCCUGCCACAUCUAGCUGAGGAAGUCUUUCUACACGCACCAGGACAUGACAAGGAGGAGACGUUGUUCAAAAGUGGCUGGAUCAAAAGCAGUUCUGUGUGGCGGCGGCCAGGACUGGAGGAGGCAGUGGAAGGGGCGUGUGCCAUCAGGGACUCCUUUCUGUCUUCUAUACCCGGAAAGAAUGCUGCCCAGUACGACCUGACUGUCGCCAUCGAACCUGGUCUUCUGUUUGAACUCAUGGAGUCUCUCCAGGAGGAGCCCACCUCCACCUCCUCUCAGCUGGUUGAGCUGAUGAUGGCAGCACGGGUCACCCUAACCAGUGAGCUGCCCCGUGACCUGCACCCAGACGCCCUGCUGAGCCACGGCACCUUCCUCAUCAACCUGGAGGGUGGUGUGAUCCGUGAGGACAGUCCCUAUGACAUCGCUGUGGUGCCGACCUCUGGAGUGCGAUGCCCUCGGUGUCGCCGCUACACCGCUGAGUCUGCAGACUGCUUGUGCCCACGCUGCCAGACUGUCGUUUCACAAACUCGCUGACAAACCUGUCACCAUGACGACCACUAUCAACACCAAACACUGGUUGCUUUUUUUCCCUCCUCCCCUCCCAGUGGAAACGGUCACCGUCAGCUGACCAGCUGCAGCUCCUCUCAGUGAAGCAGCCGUCGCAUGCAGAAUGAAUCCUCAGCAGAACGGCUUAAUGACGGAUAGCAGAGCAUAUGGUUUCUGUAUGUGAAUAAAGAUUCACUUUUCUCUAACAGCAGGGGUAAACUGAAAAACCAAAAUGUCCAAAUUAGUUAUCGAAUACAUGAGGAAGAUUGUUUACUGUAAAUAUAGAGUUGGAAAUUGAAGCUGUUGUGCUGCCAUUCAGAGGGCUAAUGUUAUUUUAAUGUCUAAAGGAAUUCACUACAGAGUCACUGUGUGACAACAGUAGAGGAUUUAUACUUCAGAAAAUAUGUGGAGGAGUUCUCCUAAAGUUGUAUCUUUGUAUAAUAACGUCUGUUCCUUCUGUAAAUUUACGAUUGAAUUGAUGGUAUCUGAAAGAAGUGUCUGCAUUAUAAAUAAAUGGAGCUUUAUCUCUU